AUGAAUAUUGAAAUAUUUCCAAAUAUUAUUGUAGAUAAAAAUCCAUUAGAAAUACAUCCACAAUUACUUCGUCAUGCAGUACUUGUUGGUUUAUUAAAUAUAAAUGCAUUUGUUUGCAUAUCAGUUUUAUCAUGGUCAGUAUUAACAAAAAAUCGUGAUGGUGUUUAUUAUGAAUUACAAUUUCUUGAUACUGUUUUCUUACAUGGUCAAGGUAUUUUAACAUUUCUUGUUUUUUCACUUGAUGCUGAUGUACUAUUACCUAUAAGUCGAAAAAUUGUUAAAUUAUUGAAUCGUUUUGGUCUAAACAUAAAAUUUCCUCGACAUAAUAGAAGUCAUAGAUCCUCAGAAAGUGAUCGACUGGUUGACUUUGAACAUCAAAUUCGACCAAAUUUUAUUCGAUAUUCAAUAUUAACACAAAGCACAAAUAGUUCAAUGGAAACAAUUGAAACAAUAUUUAAUGAAAAUGAUUUUUGUCAAUGGCUUAUAUCAAGUGGUUAUAUAGAGAAUGAAUCAAAAGCUCAUAAUUACUGUCAAGAAUUAAUCCAUAAAAAACAAAUUAUUUGUAUUGAUCGUAUACACAGUGAAGAAAUUCUAGAUUCCAGUAAUCAUUGGUAUGCUUUUUCCAAAUAA